AUGGCCCCCUCUGCUGUUAGCUUCCCUCCUUCCACGGAAUUCAUGGUGGCCCCCGAAGCCUACUAUUCGUCUGGCCUGCGUGCGCGCUUCCUCCUCGAUGCGGACCGGUCCGCUGGGAAAACUCAGAGGAAUCCUGAAAACUAUGCCAAAAUCGGGUACGAAGUCGACGAGAUAGCCUAUAGGAAGCGAGUGCAGGCUAGUCUCGCAGCGGGCAACUUGCCUAGAAAAGUGCCUUCCGGCUGGCCCACUCAAUUGUCUGGCCCCUUGGUCUGGGACAAAGGCGACUUCUCGGACGAGACUGAGUAUGUAUAUUACUUGACCAACAAGGACAAGCUUGAGAUAUUGAACGCUUUGGAAAUCUUCAAAGGCUUUGGCCUUGGAGGCCACGAGGUCUCACAGGCAACGUUUCCUCUCCCGUCGCUCGGAAAAGAACUUGUCAAGGUGCGCAAUGAUGUAUAUGAGGGCCGUGGAUUUGCGAUUGUGCGUGGGUUAGACCCAGAUGCGUACGCUAUGGAGGACCUCACGGUGGUGUAUCUGGGAAUAUCGAGUUACAUCGGCGAAAGACGCGGGAAACAAGACCAGCGCGGUUCAAUGUUGAUGCACGUCAUCAAGCGAGGCGACCAAGAGCGAGACGUCCAAUAUAGCGAGGACAAGCCAUUCCACACCGACACAGUCACCGACUGUUUGUGUCUUUUCACACGAAGCCUGUCUGAAAAAGGUGGGCGUAGCAUUCUCGCUUCCGCCUGGACGGUGUACAACGAGAUUGCAGCAACUCGACCGGACAUCAUCCACGUUUUGGCUGAGUCUAACUGGCCGUUCGACACAUUUGGGCGUUCCCCUCCGUAUUACACCCGCCCAGUCCUUUAUUACCACCAUCACAAGCUUAUCACAUCCUUUUCGCGCCGGUUGCUGGUUGGACACGUCCCUUUCGACAAGCGGAGUCCCGGAAUCCCUGGACUCACAGAGGCACAGGCCGAGGCGCUUGAUAUGAUCCAUUUUGUUGCACGCAAGCAUGAAAUCAAUCCACGGAUAGAGCGCGGCGAUCUCCGCUUCAUCAACAACAUGGCCGUGUUGCACCGACGCGAGGCUUUCGAGAACAGUGCUGGAAAGGCCCGACACCUGAUCCGUAUUUGGCUGAACAACGAGCAGAUGUGCUGGAAGCUGCCUCGGACGCUACAACUUUCGUGGGCCCGUAUCUUCGAGGACAAUGAGCGUGAAGAACACUGGGAUCUGGAGCCCCCUCGCCGAGACGGCAAGAUCCUGAGAGUCGCGGGAUCAUGUGAUUGA